AAGUUCGUACCCGACCGGAGCUAGAUCAAGGUUUUCGGGGAUCCUGGGCAAGCGUUCGUCCGUUUUUGAAGCUUUUUAGGAAGUUCGGCUACGAUCGGUUCCUUUCUCUAUUGGAAAGGUACAGGGGAGAAGGGAGUGAUCGCCAAUCACUGACUGUUUGUGGAGUGUAUGCGUAUAUGUCCCUGUCUCUUUCUUGUGGGUGUGUGCGUGUGUGUGUAGUACGUGUCUUGCCGCUCGACUAGAGACGGAUAAUUGGUGCGCCACGUGGUCGUGCUCGGUACCGACAAAGUGUUUCCGUUGCGUGUCUCGUUGAAUGUUUGUCCGUGUGUAGUGUGUGUGUGUGCAAGUAGUAAACCUAUUUGUUUGACCGACCGCACCAAACAAAACGACAUCACACAGCAUCCCCACACCAUCAUUCUGCCCGCGCGAUCACGGCCGACCAACACACCCGUCGGAUAGCCAAUUCGCUCCCGGACGCUCAUGCCAUGCGCAGCUCAAUCUCUCAGCUCUUCUCGGCAGCGUCAGACCACGAUGCCGGAGGGCGCAACGCACAUCAGCUACAGGCGGCCGGUACGGGAACUCCCACACAGUGCACUAACGGCUAUGCAGGACACAGUGGAUCAAUUAAAGAUGUAUCAAAGACAGACUGGAAUUCCCGCAUCGGGGACGGAACAGCGCAGCUCAACGGGACUCUCGGGCGAGGGACGUCCGAAACGGCAGAGACCGACUCAUCAGGGACCGGGGGGAUGCGGGACGCGUUGGAGGGGCCGGGCUCAGCGCAGAACGACGCUAUUCACCUCAAGAGACGGGUGGGACUCUUCAGUGGGGUUGCUUUAAUUGUCGGUACCAUGAUUGGGUCCGGAAUUUUCGUGUCGCCAUCUGGUUUACUGGUGCGAACUGGUUCCAUUGGUGUGAGCUUUAUCAUUUGGAUGGCCUGUGGAUUGCUCUCGUUGUUAGGUGCAUUGGCGUACGCUGAGUUAGGCACGAUGAAUACUUCGUCCGGAGCAGAAUGGGCAUACUUUAUGGACGCGUUCGGGGCCUGGCCCGCCUUCCUGUUCUCGUGGGUGUCGACGCUGGUGCUGAAGCCGUCCCAGAUGGCGAUCAUCUGCCUGUCGUUCGCGCAGUACGCGGUCGAGGCGUUCGUGUCCGAGUGCGAUCCGCCGCUGAGCGUGGUGAAGAUGGUUGCGAUCCUUGCGAUCGUGAGCAUCCUGUUCGUGAAUUGCUACAGCGUGAACCUGGGCAUGGCCGUGCAGAACGUGUUUACGUCGGCGAAGCUGAUCGCGGUGCUGAUCGUGAUCUGUGGCGGUGCGUACAAGCUGUGCCAGGGCAACACGCAGCAUCUGCAGAAUGCAUUUAGCGGCACUACGCCGUCGCUGGGUGCGAUCGCGACCGCUUUCUACACCGGCCUGUGGGCGUACGACGGUUGGAACAAUCUGAACUACGUGACGGAGGAGAUCCAGAAUCCGAGCAAAAAUCUUCCCCGCUCGAUCAUCAUCGGCAUCCCGCUGGUGACGCUGUGCUACGCGCUGAUCAACGUCUCCUACCUGGCCGCCAUGUCGCCGACGGAGAUGAUCGAGUCGGAAGCGGUCGCGGUCACGUUCGGCAACCGCAUACUGGGCGUGAUGGCGUGGCUGAUGCCGCUGAGCGUCACCAUCAGUACGUUUGGCAGUGCGAACGGCACGCUGUUUGCGGCGGGACGACUGUGCUUUGCUGCCAGCCGCGAGGGCCACCUGCUGGACAUACUGUCCUACGUGCACGUUCGUCGUCUAACACCGGCGCCUGGGCUAAUCUUUCACUCGCUUAUUGCCGGUGCGAUGGUGCUGUACGGUACGAUCGAUUCGCUGAUCGACUUCUUCAGCUUCACCGCCUGGAUCUUCUACGGUGGCGCCAUGGUCGCCCUGAUCGUGAUGCGCUACACCAAACCGAACUACCCCCGACCCUACAAAGUCCCACUUAUCAUUCCAAUUUUGGUUAUGGUCAUUUCCGGCUACCUUGUGGCGGCUCCCAUCAUCGAGAAGCCGCAAAUCGAGUACCUGUACGCAGUGCUGUUCAUACUGGCUGGGCUGAUCUUCUACGUACCCUUCGUGCACUACGGCUACCAUCCAAAGUUCAUGGACAACGUUACCCUCUUCUUCCAAAUGCUGUUUGAGGUGGUGCCCACGACGUCGAUGGCAAUGUUUGACUAGGAUUGGAUACCACCACUACCACCCGCCACCCCCGCCGCCACCAUAUAGACCGGGGCAACAGACAAAAAGAAACUCCCAACACUGCUCAAUGCAUCCAAUGCAGCAGCAAAAUGGCACAAAACAACAACAACAACAAGUCGUCUAUCUAUAAUCGCCAACGAACUUGCAUCCACUCACUACUCCUGCUACUACUACUACGACUAGCGCAUAACUUUCUCCCGCGUGUUUGCGCGUGGUACACCCGCCCCCAAUUACGAUCGUGACAUUAGUAAUACUUAGCUAUGUUAGUAGUAGUUUUCUAGUAGUAGCAACGGCAGCAGCAGCAGCAGCAGCAGCAGCAGCAGUAGUUUAUAUAUAUGUGUGUGUGUGUUUGUGUAUGCGCUGCGUACUUAACCUUUCAGGCGCUUCUUCCUGUGCGUGACGAUGGCGCAACGUCGCGUGGAAUACACGCGCGCGCGCGCGCGAACAAUAUGGGCAAUUUAUUCGCAACAAAAACAUAGCAAUAAUGGACUCUGUCGUACUGUAUACCUUCUCCCAUUAGUCUGCUGAUGAUGCUGGUGAAGACUACCCGAAGGCAAUAACCAUUGAUGGCUUUCGCUUUAUACACUAUUGGAGCAACGUAGCGUGACGAUGAUGAUGAUGGAAGGAUCCAGUGUUUAUUGAACUGGUUGGGAACAGCAUAGGUUUCGGGAAGAUGUUAGAGGAAGCUUUCUUUCUUUCGCCAGUAAGAGCGGAUUCUUUUAGCUGCUGGGAGGAAAAAAAAGGGUCAAACCACAGUUGUAACCGACUGCUGUACGCGUUGCCAAACAUUUACGGUGGGAAAUUUCGAUUUGAAAUCCCAACCGGGUAAAACAGAACUUUUCGGAGUUGCUUUCAAGGGAGUUUUUGUGUGUUUUUAAAAGUUGCUUUCACCCCACAAAAUACUCGUUUGUUUGGUUUUGUUUUUUGUUUUUAAGGACAACGAUAAAGACAGGACUAUCCACGAAGGGGCAGAGGUUACAUUUAGUUGGAGAAGAUCAAGAAAUCAUGCAAUAAGAGGGGGACGACGAACACACAAUUAACCUUUUUACUCUCUCUCUCUCUCUUUAUGAAAGCUGCACGGAUCAUUCCCGAAUGGUCGUUUUUGUGUUUAGUGUUUUAUUUUUCGCGUUUUUUUUUUUGCGUGGAGUUCACUCCAGAUGUGAUGAUGGACCAGAGUGAAACGACCAUUUUCUGUCAUCGGCUUAGUGCAGGAGUCGAUGAUGAGCACGUGCCCUCCCACCAAUGCUGCGAAAGGGAAGAAAAAAGGGCAGUUUGGAAUGCUGUGUGUGUGUGUGUGUGUGCGUGUGUGUUUGUUUGGAUUCGAUCGGUGCACCAACGGAGCUAUCAUUCCGCACCGAAGGAUCCUGGAAGCAAACACACAAACACAAAGUGUCCCCUCCCCCCUCGAAUGCCUUUGAUUGGAGGAGUUCCUUUGUGCUUAAAACUCAUCUUGGCUUACAAGCUCCAAAUAUUGAAUAUCGUUAAUGAGCGCUGGUUUUUUUUCUGUUGGAGUUCCCGGGGCUUUUGUUUCUUAAAGAUGCAAAACACACACACGCGGAGACACCGGGAGGAAAGUAGUUUGGAGUAGAAAACGACGGCGGUAGCAAAACCAAAGAACAAAACAACACCAAAAUGGAACGGAAAUUUGGAUUUUGAUGCGGAGGAGGGGAUGGGGGGAAGGGGGGGAGAAAGCUUUUGCUGCGCGAGAGAAAGCAGCUAGAAGGGGGAGAGAAAAGGCAUGAGCGAAGGAGAGGAAACGUGACACUAAAGAUAACCAAAAAGAAAAGGAAACAAACCCAUAUACAAUCAUUAAUUUAUCAAACAAUCCCCCCUCCCUUUUUGAAUAUUUGAAGCAAAUGAGCGUUACAAGUGGCUAAAAGAAAAGGGAAAAGAAAGGGGAGGGGAAACCAACCCCCCGAAGAGUCUGUGUGUGUGUGGUGGAUGUGUUGUAAUACGGAAAGUGAUGGUUGCGAAGGGGAAAAAACCAAGAAGUGAUUAGUGUAAAUGACGAUGCUGAUGAUGAUAAUUAUUUUCUGUUAACGAGUAGUUCUUUUUUGAGUUUUUGGACAAUUGAUGAAAUAAAGAGACGUUAUUUAUAUAUAGAAGAAAAAAAAUGGCGGAGGGAAAUAAUGAGGUGCGCAAUGGCAGACCAACCCAGCGCAACAUCCCAUCCGAAACGGACGUUAGUUUGUGUAGGUAGCACUAAGAGAUCACUACGUACUUUAAAAAAACGAAUUCCUUUCUUUGUUGUUGUUGUUGUUGUCUGUUCUCAUUCUUCCAUUUUAUUUUCUCCUACUUUCUGCUUUUUCCGCACACUCGUCUGUUCCUUCUUCCCUAUUUUACAUGUCUCUGUCCCUCCUCUCGCUAUCCUUCUCUGUUUAAUUACUCUUUCCACUAAGCAGCGUUACGAAACCACCUCUCUCUCUCUCUCUCUCUCUCUCUCUCUCUCUCUCUCUCUCUCUCUCUCUCCCUCUCUCUCUCUAUCUCUCUCUCUAUCUCUCUCUCUCUUAUACAUACACACACACACACACAAA